AUGGCAUCACAUGACCACGAUUCGGACGAUGAUGCAUCCUCUGCUCACGGUUACAAAGCGCCACAAAAAGUUGACCUCAACGCCAUUGUCUCUAAGGAUGAAGAUGAUGAAUCAUUGACGCGAUACAAACAACUUCUGUUAGGGAACUCAACAAUGAAUACACAAGCGUCCAAUCAAUUAAUUGAUGCAAAUGAUGCUCGUGUUGUUUUACCAAUACGUAUCACACUCAUCUUCGACAAUCAUAAACCGGACGUCACGUUCGAUUUGAAAGGUUCGCCUGAACACCUACAUAACCUCCAUGCGAAACGAUCGGUAACAAUAAAAGAAGGAGAAACAUAUCGUUCACAAUUGGAAUUCUAUGUCCAACGUGAUAUUGUAACCGGUUUGAAACUAAUAAACAAAGUUCUCAAAGCACGUACGAUUCCUGUGGAUAAAUCGAAAUACAUGAUCGGUUCGCGCGCACCAAGUAGCGAAGUGCAAACUUACGUGAGUGAUGUUGAACAAGCACCCAGCGGCGUUCUAUCUCGUGGAUCAUUUUUGGUGAAAUCAAAAUUAACUGACGACGAUAAAAAUGUCUUCGCCGAAUGGGAAUGGAACCUUGUCAUCGCCAAAGAUUGGCAAUAA